AUGGCAACCCUCACACAGUUGGUAUAUUUGGAUAUGUCAUACAACAAUUUCACAGGACCAAUUCCAUCAUUCAGUAUGGCCAAGAGAUUGACAGAAAUUUACCUUACCCGUAAUGAUUUAACAGGUAAGAUUACUUCCACUCAAUGGAAAGAACUUCGGAAUUUGGAAAUCCUUGACUUGGGAUACAAUUCGCUUGAAGGUGGUCUUCCGAUUUCUCUAUUUUCUCUUCCGUUAUUGCUGGAAUUACGACUUUCCAACAACCGAUUUUCUGGCCAACUUGAUGAGUUCUCCAAUGUUUCUUCUCACCCACUAUACAUCCUUGAUUUGUCCAACAACAACUUGGAAGGGCCAGUACCGAUGUCUGUUUUUGAACUCUGA